CACAUUUGCUGAGCAGGAACAAUUUCAAAACGGAACUGCUGCGGUGUACGAAUGUGUGAAGACCACUCGCCAUAGUUGGAACACUAAUAGACCUAGGCCUAGAAGUUGAAUUUUCUUUGAUCAGUAAUAGUGUUCGAGUAGUUCGAGCCCUACAUACGCUGGAAUUCUCUGCAGGGAUUCGAAACAGGAAAUGGAUGACCUUGUCAAUCUGAAUGUUGGCGGCUGCCUGUACACCACGUCGCGGUCGACUCUGACUCGCUACCCGCGCUCCAUGCUGGCGGCCAUGUUCAGCGGUGAGCUUGACCCGUCUGUUCGUGACGCCAACGGGGCCUAUACCAUCGACGGAGACGGGCCCAUCUUCCGCCACGUUCUCAACUUCUUCCGACGGGGAAAGCUGAUUCUACCGGAGGACUUCAAAGAGUGGGAGCUGUUGGCCUCAGAGGCCGACUUCUACCAGGUUGGAGAUUUGACAGAUGCAGUGAUGGCGGAAAAGAUGCGGCGGGUCACACCAGAGGACUCCUCAAAAAGUCCAAAAUUCGAAUUCGUAGAGAUAAAUGUUCGUAUAACUGCGGUGAUGGGCGUGACGUACAUAGGAAGCAUCGAAACCCUGGCAAACCUGCCCACUUUUCUGGAGUUUUUCAACAGCGUCCCACAGUUCAGAGGUAAUGUUCUGAAUUUGGUCAAGCAACAGGGCAUGAUCCAGCAUUUCCAGAAUUUUAAGUUUAUUGAAGAUAGUAAACGCAUGGGUUUUUUCCGGGAGAUAGUGGAGCACGGCUUUGAACUGAAGGCGGCACUCUGUGAUUCUUAUGGGAGUAAAGAAUGGACUUUUGCUCGGAAGGUCUAGAUUAACGAGAUGGAAAUCAACGGCUCAAGCUGUCGUCCCCCAAAACGACGAUUAUGUUCUUCCACAAACCCCAGACGUGCACUCCUUCGCAGAACCAUACGGACAAACCUUAGAUAAUCCUUACACAGCUGGAGGUGACACAAAAGUAACUAACAGUAACUUGUAAAUCUGUCAUGUAAUGGAAUAUUGAAUGUCAAAAAAAGGCAUGCAAGUUUUUGUCUUUUAGUAAAAAUGUUAAGAGUAAUUUAAAAUAUAUGUUAUUGGACACGGGUCAACUUUUGACAAAACAGUACAUUUGUAUUUCACUUAAUAAUAGCCAUCGUCGUGUUUUAAUUCUAUAACCGAUCAUCCACACAUCUGACAUUUACUUUGACAUUUUGGCAAUUUCAGUGCAAAGAAAGAUACAAAUCCACCAUUAUUUCGAGUGAACCAGAUUUACUAGCACUGACGCAUGCUGUGAAUCGUAUCUGUGGCACACACAUCGCUUCAGUUGUUUCAUUAUUAGAAUUCGUCAAUUAAAAGUCAAAAGAUAACUGCC